AACAGAAAAAAUGGUGGCCAAUACAGCUGACAAAUACAGCAUCAAGAUCUGCCACAAAGAGCUAAUAGCAGCAGAAAACUCCCAAUCUUUGAAAGAACAUUUCCUCCCUCUCUCUAAUCUCGACCUUCUUCUUCCUCCCAUAGAAGUCGGACUCUUCCUCUGCUACAAAAAGCCGCCUCCUUUAUCCUCCCCUCUCUGUUCCUUCGCCUCUCUCGUCGCCAAGCUCAAGUCUUCCCUUGCCAAGGCGCUGGCCGUCUUCUACCCCUUCGCCGGUAAGGUGCUGCCCAACGCCGCCGGCGAGCCGGCUUUGCUGUGUAAUAACCGCGGUGUUGUGUUCAUUGAGGCUUACGCCGAAGUGGCGCUGGAUCAGCUGAAUUUUUAUGAUGUCGAUCGAAGUGUUGAGAGGAAGCUGGUCCCGAAGAACGAUGGUGGCGGCGUUCUAGCCGUCCAGGCAACAGAGAUGGAAUGUGGGGGAUUAGUUUUGGGUUGCGCAUUCGACCACCGCAUAUCGGAUGCCUACACAUUUCACAUGUUUCUUACGGCAUGGGCUGAGAUGGCGGCCUCUAAAGAACUAUCAAUAAGCCCAAUCUUCGAUCGCUCUUUGCUUAACCCUGGCAAACCCACCAAACUUGGCUCUCUCGAACCGAUGUUCGAAUUAGACCGGCUCUACGGCCUCAUCUCCCAACUCCCGCCACCGCCACCACCAACGGUAAUCCAAAACCUUGAUCCCCAGGCCAUAAACCGUCUCUACUACAUUCCCGCUAAAGAAAUCGACCGCCUUCAAUUCAUCGCUAGCAGUAAUGGCCGGCGGCGGCGGACAAAGAUCGAGGCCUUCACGGCUUAUUUAUGGAAGCUUAUGGGGCGGGUCGGAAAGGCGGGGCAAGUUUCUCGAAUGGGCGUGGUGGUGGACGGCAGGCGGCGGCUAGGUGCGCCAGAAAUGAGUGCUUAUUUUGGGAACGUGCUAUCCAUUCCCUACGGGUCAUUAGGGGUGGAAGAAGUGGAGGGGAUGGGAAUCGCGGAGCUUUCGGAUUAUGUUCAUGAGAUUGUGGUGAAGGCGGACAGCAAGGAGCAUUUCAAGGGAUUG